AUGUACGGCACAAAAGGCGUAACACGCGCCCUUCAUUCCAAUGCCCGGCGGUUCUCUACUGCCACCCGACUACAAGCAUCAGGCCUCAAGAUUAAUUCGGAGCGCUUAUGGAACACCCUUCACGAGACAUGUGAAUGGGGUGCUGAGCAUCGCUAUGGCGAAAAGCCAACUGAUACAGGGAUGGCUCGUCUGACUCUCAAUGAUGAUGAUGCCCGCGUUCGUCGGUGGUUCGCCGCUGAAGUCCAGAAGCUGGGCUGCUCUCUUUCUGUGGACCAGAUGGGAAAUAUGUUUGCGCGGCAAUCAGGGCGGCUGAACUCGGCUGCCCCAAUGAUCGCAAUGGGAAGUCAUCUGGACACUCAGCCUCGAGGUGGUCGGUACGAUGGUAUUCUCGGUAUCAUGGCUGCUCUUGAGGUCCUUCGGACGAUGAAGGAAAGUGGGUUCCAGACUAACUAUGAUGUCGGAGUGGUCAACUGGACCAACGAGGAAGGUGCACGAUUCCCCAAAUCCAUGUGCUCCUCGGGUGUCUGGGCUGGUGCCAUCCCAAUUCAACAAGCUUGGGACCUGCGUGAUAUUCACGAUCCCAGUGUGACUCUACGCUCCGAGCUUGAAAGACACAGAUAUUUGGGCGAUAUUGCUUGUUCCAGCGAUCCAGCAACUGGAUACCCCCUAGGAGCUCACUUCGAGCUGCACAUUGAACAGGAUGCCCACACCGGAACAACACCUUUCAGUGCUCGCCAGGAUCCAUUGCUUGCAUCAUCUAGGAUGAUUGCCGCUUCGCAUGAUAUUGCUAAGCGACACGAUGCGCUAGCCUCGACUGGUAUUAUCCGGGUUCCAUCAAACGCGUCUACGAACACCGUCUCAUCCCAGGUGACUUUCACUCUUGAUAUCCGACACCCGCAGGAUAGUGUGGUACACGCCGUGCAGGACGAAUGCCUCAAGGCAUUUGAGGCUAUUGCAUUGCAAGAUGGCAAGGGUGUGUCCUUUGACUGGACAUUGGAUACGGACUCGCCGGCUGUCAAGUUCGACGAUAACUGCGUGGCGUCUAUUCAGGCUGCGGCGGAUCACCUGGUCGGUCGUGAGAAAUCGAUGCUCAUGACCAGUGGCGCUGGUCACGAUACUGUUUAUACUAGCAAGCACUGUCCCUCUGCGAUGAUCUUUGUUCCCUGCCGGGAUGGUGUGAGCCACCACCCGACAGAAUAUUGCAGUCCACAGGAUUGCGCUAUGGGUACGCAAGCUCUUCUCGAAGCUGUUGUUCACUACGAUGAAUUCAGGGUAGAGGCUGAAGGGCAAAAGUAA